AUGUUUAUCUUGUCCAAAAUUUCUGAUCUGGUGCGGGUUCCACCAGACCAGUUUCAUAGACACACUAAAGCGGCGAUUUUUCACCAGCUUAACAACAAAUAUGCAAACAAAGUGAUCCCUCACCUAGGUUUAUGCAUAACAAUUUAUGAUCUUUUGGAAGUUCGAGAGGGUCAGUUGAAGCCAGGCGAUGGUGCCGCAUACAUAAAUACCACCUUCCGCGCCCUGGUGUUCAAGCCCUUCGUGGGAGAAAUCAUCACAGGCUGGAUUUCUCAGUGCACUGCGGAGGGAAUAAAAGUGUCACUGCUUGGUGUUUUCGAUGACAUAUUCAUCCCGCAAAAGAUGCUUUUCGAAGGAUGUUACUUUUCUCCAGAUGACAAUGCAUGGGUAUGGCCCAUGGAUGAGGAAACAAAGCUUUACUUCGACGUUAACGAGAAGAUAAGAUUUCGCGUAGAGCAAGAAGUGUUCGUUGACGUGAAGCCAAAGUCGCCGAAGGAGCGAGAAGCAGAAGAGCAGAUGGAGCAAAAUGAGGAUUCGGAGGAGAAGCCUAAGAUCGAAAAGCCACCAGCGUAUGCACUCCUUGGCAGUUGUCAAACCGACGGCAUGGGUCUGGUUGGAUGGUGGGAAUGA